AAUAUUCAUUUCUCUAUGUCAUUAUCUACAUCUACUUAUCUGUGGUUGUUAUUUCUUCAUGAAGAGUGUCGUGGGUAUAUAAAUAUUUUUAGUCGGGGAAGAAAAGACAAGAUUCAUAACGUGCACAGUUCUUGAAUUGUACUUGUACAUAUUUAUUUUCACAAUUAAGAAUUUACGAAGUGUUGAAGCCAGAAAUGGAAACAUACUCAAAAAUUUUCCUAGAUGAAAUUAAUCAUCACAGAGUAAAGAUGGAAAUGGGAGAAGAUGAUAGCUAUGAAAAAGGAAACUCAUUUGACUUGGACCAGAGGAAGAGUCCAAAUUUUCAGGACUCAACUGAUUGGGGGCAUAUUGAUGAAAAGACUGAAUUCAUGGAAAUUGUUCAGCAUUACACUGAUGAGAAUGGAAUAAGAUCGUCUAUUAAAUAUGAAAAAGGGGAGUUUGCUUUAAAUCAGAAAAACAAUCUUGAAGGGCAUAUAGAUGCUGUCCAUUUGAAUGAAAGAGAACAUAAAUGUCACUUAUGUGAUUAUGCAGCCAACCAGAAACAUGACCUCAAAAAGCAUAUAGAUUCUGUCCAUUUGAGUAAAAAAGAACAUAAAUGUCACUUAUGUGAGUUUGCAGCCAAUCAGAAGAAUAACCUCAAAAAGCAUUUAGAUUCUAUCCAUCUGUAUAAAAAAAGAACAUAAAUGUCACUUAUGUGAGUUUGCAGCCAAUCAGAAAAAUAACUUCUAAAAGCAUAAAGAUUAUGUCCAUUUGAACAUAAGAGAAUUACUUAUGUGAUUAUGCAGCCAACCGGUAAGUUACCUCAAAGUUAAUAUGGAUUCUGUCCAUUUCAAUAAAAAAGAACAUAAAUGUCACUUAUGUGAGUAUGUUUCAAGCGUGAAAGAAACCCUUAAAAGACAUAAAACGUGUCCAUUUGAUUGAAAAAUCUCAGAGGAAGAAAAACAUAGGAGUGGCCUUAAACGUAAAUGGAGUUGUAUUGUAAUGAAUUGUAACAGUAAUAUGAUAAAGUGAGGUAGAAAAACAACAAACCCGCAAAAUUGACAAAUAGAGGUGCAGUAAACAUUCCAGUGGCGUGGUUAAUUGUUUCUUAGUAAGGAUUAAUAUUACAAAAAUCGAUAUUUAACUGGAAUAUAGAAUAUAAGUGAAUUAUUAUAUUUCAAAAUGAAAACUAUCAACGGAGCGGAGACCAGAGCUGAAACGUCUACAACAAAGAGGAUAUUGCAAACAACUGAAAAGGAAGACCCUAAGAACAAUAACGGGAUACAAAUUGGCGGACAGACAGAGAAAUUCUGUUAUAAGAGAGAAGUGGACGAUGUGGUCAGAUGGAUAAGGAAGAGGCGGAGAAAGUGGAACCAUCAUGUGGACAGAAUGAGCUUAGACAGAAUGGCUAAGUUCACCAGGGGACAACAAACCCCCGUUAAAUAACCACUAAAGCAAUGGUGAGAUAGCUGGCAAUCCAGGUCACAGGAAACAUAGACUAGAGAAAGCAGGCCACCCAAAGUUUUGAAGGAAGGAGUCAUACAAUUAUGAUAUUGAGAAUAUGUGUUACUACAAUAAUGAUGAAUACUAUACAGCAAAUUCCCACCCUUUAUGAAUACGGAGUUAUAAAUUUUUGACCAUGUUAUUCAAGUUUCGAAGCCCUGAUUCGAAUCUCUCCGUAAGAUAUUAAUCAUAAUUUUUUUUAUGUUGAUAUUUAUUAUAUGUUUUUUUUUCCAUAUGUGCUUGCAUAUUUGAUGAUAAAAGGUAAUAUAAUAAACUGUUGUAUAAAA